UUGGAUGAGGCUGCGCUUGAUCGGCUACGCCUAGAAGCACUGCGCAAUCGUGUCGUCCCUGCACCACCACAAUCGGUGGCACAAACACCUAUAGUCUCACAAUGUGUGACGCCAACCACCCCUAUCGUUGGUGUGGAGGAUGACAGGGUUGAACAACAAUCCAACAUGAAGUCAUUCGUAGUAUUCGCUGUUGUUAUCGUCAGCUGCGUCGCCCAAAGAUCUCCAUACGCCGGCCGACUGCCUAUCGGAUUUCUCACAACUGCAGGUUUAGGCAACAGGUUUGGAGACGAUGUCGGAACAUCAACCACCAUCAGACUGCCUCUCGAAGCUCUUGGAGACGUGGAACUAGUCCGUCGGUUAAGCAAACUACCAGUUGAUAAUCAACCCUUCUGGCUUCUCAACUGGAAGGCUUUGGAAGAAAACAGGAAUCGCCCUCAGACUUACCCUCAGAGGGGUAACAGUUUCAUUGACGAUACCUUCAAUGCAAACUCGCUCCAACUGAAUAACUUCCAAGGCUUCGAAAAGAAAUAAGUUCCAAAAUAAAUAAGACUGGCCCUAAACAAAUAGUUGAUUUAAGUAUUCGAAUUUAGAACGAGACUGAUGUUCCAAAACGAUAAGAAUUUGAAUUUGAAAAAGAACAUUGGAAUGUUUUUUAAAAUAGUCAUGUCAUGGUUGAUAACGGUAAUGGAUUUUAAAUCGCUGUCACCAUUGUUUUUGGUGAUUAAGUCAAAGUUGAAAUCAUUUUGUAAUAGUCAAAUGUUGUUAGUCACAAAAGUCUUAUACUAAAGACUGUUAAUUAGAUAUAAUUAAUUUAUGAUUGGAAUUUUGUUACUACUAGAUGUAAAUCAAUGUUUUAGAACAGUAAAAGAUGCUAUUUAUAUGA